AUGUGCUCAGGGUGCUGGGUGGACGCUACCUCCUCCACCUCCCACAUCCUGUGGCCCAAGGAUAAAGGCCCCAGAAAGCUGGGAUUUCUGGAGCUGACUCUCUCCUGCUUGGGGGGCACCCUCACCCAGACCCGAGCACCCGACCCUGAGGAUGGCCUGGCGAACAUCAUCGGGAGCCACAAUGCCACACAUGGGAGGUGGCCCUGGCAGGUCAGCCUGCAGGCCUACAGCUGCUGUUCUGCCUCCUGGGUCCACAUCUGUGGGGGCUGCCCCAUCCACCCCCGGUGCGCACUGACAGCCACCCACUGCAUCCAGCGGAAAGAUGCUAACUUGUUGGCCUUCAGGGUCCACUCCGGGGACGUGUACCUCUAUGGGGAAAAGAUGCUGCUGAAUGUCAGGAGGGUCCUCAUCCGUCCCAACUACGUCCGCGCUGUUCUGAGUGCCAACCUUGCCCUGAUCCAGCUGUCGGCCUCCGUUAACACAAGGCUGGUGGUGGAGAAUGCCCUCUGUGACCAGCAGUACCACAAUAUCUCCCAGCGUGGCUGGGACAGAAAGACCAACCAGGACGACAUGCUGUGUGCUACAUGCUCUAACCAGGGCCGAGACUCCUGCCAGUAUGACUCCGGCGGCCCUCUGGUCUGCAGGGCGGUGUGCUCCUGGCAUCUCAUGGGAGUGGCCAGCUGGAGCUACGGCUGUGCCCCAAGCAAAAUCCCUGGAGCCUACGCCCACAUCUGGACCUAUCUGCCCUGGAUCCAGCAGCAGAUUCUCAGGCAUCCCUGA